UGCACAUACUCACACCUCCGUGGACUAAAAUUGUACAGAAAACAACAAUUAGCUUAUACUGCACGUGAGCAGGCUAUGCAUUCACCAGGCAUUUAACUUUCAAUCAAAGGAGCUUGUACCGACACCCUCUGCGCGCACUUUUUUUGUUAAAAGAAAAAAAAGAAAAAGAAAGAAUAUUACAAAAAGAGAAACUUCGGGGUGAUCGUAUUGGAUUAGAUGCAUGUCACUUAUUCUUUGCCGUUUGUAGGCUAAGACGAGGAGCGGCGCAGAUUCGAGAGACGGGAUCUAACGGAAUAAAGUGCGUAAAAAACAAGCUAAGGAAGGGGAGGAAAAGUUGCGUUUUCUGUUGUCCACGCAUCGUCAUGCCGAGGUACAACUUCUUACUGUGCUUGAUGGUGCUCAUCUCCUUGGGACAGUCGGGGAGCGAUGAGCCCAAUCUGCUGCUGCCUCCUGCCAGCGAGACGCCCACGGAUGCCGGGCUAUCUCUGCUGGACGAGGACGCCGGUUCUCACGAGUGUUCCGCUUGUGUUUGGAGGGAGCAGAGCAAAGUGCUGAGACUGGAGACCAUCAAGUCCCAGAUCCUGAGCAAACUGCGUCUGAAGCAGGCGCCCAACAUCAGCCGGGAGGUGGUCAAUCAGCUGCUGCCCAAGGCGCCCCCGCUCCAGCAGCUUCUGGACCAUCACGACUUCCAGGGAGAUGCUUCGUCCCAGGAUGAGUUUAUGGAGGAGGAUGAGUACCACGCCACCACGGAGUCCGUGAUUACUAUGGCCUCUGAGCCGGAGCCUCUGGUGCAGGUGAAUGGAAAGCCCAGCUGCUGCUUCUUCAAGUUCAGCCCCAAACUGAUGUUCACCAAGGUGCUGAAGGCCCAGCUGUGGGUGUAUCUGCGACCGCUGCAGCAGACCUCCACCGUCUACCUGCAGAUCCUGCGACUAAAGCCAGUCACAGAGCAGGGCAGCCGCCACAUACGCAUCCGCUCCCUGAAGAUAGAGCUCAACUCCAGGGUCGGCCACUGGCAAAGUAUUGACUUUAAGCACGUGCUGCAGAACUGGUUCAAACAGCCCCACACUAACUGGGGGAUCGACAUCAACGCCUUUGACGAGAGUGGCAAUGACCUGGCAGUUACCUCACUGCGACCUGGGGAGGAGGGACUGCAGCCGUUUCUGGAGGUGAAGGUUCUUGAGACAACCAAACGUUCUCGGAGAAACCUCGGCCUGGACUGCGAUGAGCACUCCACUGAGUCUCGCUGCUGUCGCUACCCUCUAACUGUGGACUUUGAGGCGUUCGGCUGGGAUUGGAUCAUUGCCCCUAAACGCUACAAAGCGAACUACUGCUCUGGCCAGUGCGAGUACAUGUUCAUGCAGAAAUACCCGCACACCCACCUGGUGCAGCACGCCAACCCGCGAGGCUCCGCGGGGCCCUGCUGCACCCCAACCAAGAUGUCUCCCAUUAACAUGCUCUACUUCAAUGACAAGCAGCAGAUCAUUCACGGCAAGAUUCCAGGGAUGGUGGUGGAUCGAUGUGGCUGCUCUUAGGCUGCUGGAGGAAGCACAUUUGUGUAAAGCCUACAUUAAACCACCUGAAACCCUUUCUGAGCUCUCCCCUGGCACCAGAACCCACUCCUCGGCACCAGAUUUCACUUCUGCUCAGCCACAAAAGCAUUCCACUGGGUUUCCAUUUGUCCAGUAAUUAAACUGAUUCUAACUGUACAAAAAAGUUAUAAAUGAAAUAAGAAUCAAAACAGAACUGAGUGAUGGAAAUACCAUACAUUAUGAAUGAUUUUAAGAGGCUGUACUUGUGGAGCAGCUUUCGAAAGUGGUAAAUGAGGCGCUAUAGGACAUGUGUUAGUUUUGUGGGUUUUUAAAAUAUUUUUUUAAUGACAUCUUUGUGAAAUAUCCAGGUUAGUGGAUUGAAAUGACAGGAGACAGGAGUAUUUACACUUUUAAGAGCAAUUCCAGUUUUGAGGUGAGUUCGCAAAUACUUCAUUCCACAAAUGCGUUUACUUCCAGUGUGAUAAAAAUGUUCUCAAAGGGGCAUUAUCAAAAUUAUUUUGCAAUCCAUCACUUUAACAAAAGCUCAGAAACAAAAACAAACACGAUGUGAAUAGGUUUAACUUCUGGACGUACCAUUAGAGGAAAUCCAAAAUCUUCCUAAGAGUAUUAGAGAUAUCCAAAAAAAAAAGAAACAAACAAACAAACAAAGAAAAUAAAACUGCACCCUCUUUUAAUGUGUAUUACCUGAGUUUGACAUUUUCAAGUAUCUCCAAAAUCUCUCCACGGCAACUUUGAUUUGUUUUGUUUGUUUGUUUGUUUUUAGAUUUUUGUAAUUAAAUAUUAAGAAAGGGUUAUACAGAUGGUCCAUAACAUGUUAUGUAAUAUGUAAUUUGGCCUCUGUAAUGAGAGAGGCUUUCAAAUCAAACCCUUAGGAUGUGAUUCAAGUUCAGCCUUAAUUUAAGGGGUUUAACAAAAGUAUGGCGUUAACUGUUUAGGAACUAUUUUCAUAUAUAGUUCCCCAUUUUCAGUGGUUUAAAAUUAACUGCGUAAAUUAUUAUAGUUUAAAUAUAAGAAUUGUUUUAAUAGUUGAAUUUUUGAAUUGAACUAUUUUUUGAAUAGUUGAAUACUAAAAUGCAGUCUACAGUAAAAGCUACCCUCUGAGAUGCAUGCUCUACUGCAGUGAUGGGGAACUCCAGGCCUCAAGAGCUGAUGUCCUACAGGUUUUAGGGCUCACCCUGGGUCAACACACCUGAAUCUAAUGGU